AUGACUUCGUCACCGUACCCUGUGUGCUCGUACCCUGCAACGUGCCAGCUGCACCAUCAGAACACACCGCCCAUUAUCUGGGUGGACCGGCGGUGGACGCUGCCGUCAGACGCCAAGAUCGGUCGGCUGGUGGCGCGCGCGAAGGCGCAGGAUGAGGAGGGCGACCCGAUCACCUUCGGUAUCAUGCCGGAUGAGUUCUCGGACGGCUCCCACCUCUUCACCAUCAACAACGUCACCGGCGUCGUCUACCUGACGGCCGACCUCACCGGCAAGGAGAAUGAGCAGUUUUACCUGCGAGUGACGGCCGACGACGGCCACAUACCGGUGGUGGCGGUCGUCUGGGUGGUCAUCACCGAGCCCACCGGCAACCUCAGCGAAUUCGAGCAGCCGCCGACGUCCCACACGCAGCCUAAGCUGCCGCCCAACCUGGUCGACAAGGCGGGCGCGGCCGCGGCGCUGCCCGGCCGGCCACGCGCGCCCAUCGCCCUGGGCGUGCCGUCCCGGCCGAACCGGCCCAGCGGCGCCGCCAACGAGCGGUCGUCACCGACCGAACCAACACGGCCACAGAACGCGACUGGUGCACCCUUGGAGAAGACCCCGGAAAGCGGUGGUCCGAUGGAUCCGACCCCGAUUGUGGUGCCGAUCGUGCUGUGCGUGGUGCUGGUGCUGGCCGUCGGCUGCGCCAUCUGGUUCUACCGAAAAUGGUCGAGCGCACGGAAGAAGACGCGCAAGGAAGAGAACUACGCCAUCGAGUUCCAGCGACGCUCUGGCUUCGGAUCGGAGACCUCAGAUAAAAUGAACGACGAACAGAGCUCCACCUGGAGACGCUUCGACCCCAAGGGGAUCGACGCCACCAAAUUGUACCUCCUCGCCCCCUCCACCUGA